AACCAGCCUUCCUUUCGUCACAAAGUGACAUAUGACGUACUAUGUGUGUGUCAUUUUGAUACGUACUAGGUUAUCAAGGCAGGCUUGUCAAGCCGAGUGUCGAUCGUGUCGUUAAAUCAUGACGUCCAUCAGCGAAGUCGAUGCGGUGCCUAAAUCGAAAAAGCCAUCGGAUAGCGCAUUUAAGCAGCAGCGGUUACCAGCCUGGCAACCAAUACUUACAGCUGGUACAGUUCUACCGACAUUCUUUGUAAUAGGAGUUGCAUUUAUACCAGUCGGUAUAGGACUGCUUUAUUUUUCUGACGAAGUCAAGGAACAUAUUAUAGAUUAUACUUACUGCAAUUCCACCAUUAUGGGAGAUGAUGGAUUGCCUAAGAAAUGCGUAGAUGUAAUUGCAGCAGCCCCGCCAAUGAACUGCACAUGCAAUAUACCUUUUGAGCUAACUUCGGAAUUUGCCGGCAAAGUUUAUAUGUAUUACGGCCUGACAAACUUCUACCAAAAUCAUCGUAGAUACGUAAAAUCUCGAGACGACAAUCAACUGCUGGGACAGUUGCACCCUACCGUCUCGAAUGACUGUGAACCAUUUGCCUAUGAGAAAGUGAACGACUCGAAACCAGUGGCCCCAUGUGGUGCUAUCGCAAAUUCGCUUUUUAGCGAUGAAUUGACACUAUGGUCUGCAAAACAUAAUAAUUAUGUACCGUUACUAAAAACUGGCAUAGCCUGGCCAUCUGAUAAAAAAAUCAAAUUCAGAAAUCCAAAGGGCAAUUUGAAGGAAGCGUUCAAGGACUUUGCCAAGCCUAAAAACUGGACUAAACACAUUUGGGAUUUGGAUCCCGAUAAUGAGGAAAACAACGGAUUUCAAAAUGAGGAUUUAAUUGUAUGGAUGAGAACUGCCGCGUUGCCCACUUUCAGAAAACUCUAUCGUAGGAUUGAUCAUAGUCAAGAUGGUUUUAAAAAGGGUCUAGUUUCAGGAAACUAUACUCUUAUGGUUCAAUAUUCGUUUUCAGUAUCCUCCUUUUAUGGAAAGAAAAAGAUGAUUUUAAGUACAACUUCACUUUUGGGAGGAAAGAACCCUUUCCUUGGUAUUGCUUACAUUGUUGUGGGGAGUUUGUGCUUAUUGCUCGGCGUAGCAUUACUUAUUAUACAUAUUAAAUGUUCUAAGAGCAAACUAAUGUAAAGACGACUACAAGAAAGUAUUCUUAGGGCACCCAUGUAUGUUCUUCACCACCGACAUGAUCAAUGUGACUCCAACUACGGAAUAUCAUCAUUAGGAACGAUUCGUUUACUUGAAAUGAACAUGAUUUCAUCGGUACGAAUAAGUUCAUCGAUUAUCAUAGGAUGAGUGAAUUUUUCUAACAACAUUAAUUUUCGUUUGUCAGACAUAAACGAAAAUACGGAUAAUACGGAACGAAAAUGCGGUAAAACAACAAACCAAUCAAAAAUUUUUCAUUUAAAGGAUAGUUAUCUUUUAAAAGUUUUAAAUCAAGUUUCAUUAUUGUUAUAUGUAUAACAUACAUAAUAGGAUUUUCAAAAUUGAAUUAUAUAUUUUUGAAAUUAUAUCACACUUGGAAUUGUACUGUAAACUUCAAAUAGACUAAUUAAUUAUUUGAAAGUUAAUUGACAAUCAAGUACCCGUCGCUGUCAAUAUUUAAUUAAAUUAUAAAUAUCCUAUUAUAUAUGGAAUACUAUAUAUUGGCAAGGUGAGCGAAAGUAUUAUACAAAUGAUGCUGAAACCAAAUGUUUAUUAAAAUGUUAUUCCAUUUGUAGAUAGUGAAUUUUUUUGUAAGAUAUUCUUUUAGAUUAAAAAACGCGCUUUGAUGCAUUUGUUGAUGCACUUAUCUUACAUUUCUGUUGGUCUAAAGUUAAACUUUCUAUUUUAAGUUUUAAAGUUAUAAAGAUGUAGAAAUUAAACGUAAAUUGAACACACUUCCUCGCAGUGGUUUCAUAUAAUACAACAGUCGCAAAGUUAUCUACUUUUGAAGUUUUAUUUACUUAAUUUUGACGAUACAAAAGCUUUAACGUGAUUUAUUUGACAUGUUAGCUUUAACGAAUUGCUUCAGUUGAGAAAAAUAAAUCUUCAAAACGAACAAAAUUCUCUUGAAACUGUUGUAUUUUAUGAAGGAAAUUAUUAGUGUUGUUACUUGAAAAUUAAUAUUUAUUGCGUAAAAUUACAAUUAUAGAUUCUACUUAUAUCUAUUGUAAUUUCUAGAUGUCUUGAAAGUAUGAGGUAUAUAGCAAAAGUAGAAUAUUAUAUUCUUGGAAAUUAAUUGCAUUAUAAAAAUGUAGAUAACGAUAUGUAUAUGUAUAUAUUUAUAUAUGUUUUCAGUAAUAUGUUUCUCUUAUAAAAUUUGAUUUAUAUUAAAAUGACUUAACUUGUUAUUAUUGAUCAGACACUAUACUGAUGUCCUAUGUACAAUGGUUCAUAAAAUUAUUCAAAUGGCGAUGCGUCUUCAAAUUAAAUGGCAGUGUUUGAAUAUUAAUUCUGAGUCAUUAUAUAUUUACGUAUUCAUUAAUUUUGACCUCUUUGCAGAGACAGUGUUGCCCUCAGAAUGUUUCUUCUGAGUGCAAUUUUGAUUUAUUGUGCCUUAACUAGAUAUGUAUGCAUAUUGAAUGACAUAACUGAAGGAUGUAUUGUACUUGCGAUUACUCUUGUAACAGCUUAGAAACGAAUUACUGACCGUGAGAUCAGAUUGCAAUGUAAAUCACUUGUAAAAUCAAUCUAGUCUAUUAUAAACACUAACAAGUGAAUAAAGAGAAAUGAUUAAAGAAUCAA